AUGCAUACGUAGCCAGAUCAAGAACGUCUUAAUACCUAAGCAAACUAAGCAUAAGAACCUAUAUAGAACAAGGCUCCUUUUUUGGAUUUAGAGUCUUCAGGAGAUUCUUUGGAAGAUGGAAGAGUGACUAAUCUAUAUUAUCAACGGUAUUUGAUUAAUAAUAUGAACAUAUUAGAUUUAGAAUGAUGGACUUAAGUUUUUUUGUAUUUAAUUUUAUUGGGACAGGAUUGACUGUGAUUACUUUAGAAUUAAUUCAUUAUGAUGAAUAACCAGAAGCACGCUUGGUAAUUUUAUGGGUGAUUUUUAUAUCAAAUUUAAUAAUGAUGGGAUUAGCUUUAGUACGUAAUUAAGCAAAACUUAAAUGGAGAGAGAGUAAAGGAGAUGUAUUUAGUGGAUUUACAAAGGAGCAUGUAGAAUUAAUAAUGGAAAUUAUAAUAAUAGCUGCAUCUCCUUUACCUUUUUUGGAUGAUAUCAGUUUUUACUUUUCAAAUGAUUUUGUUGAUGGUGAUGUAAGGAUUAUUAUAAUAGACAGGUAUACUAUUAUGCAAAUGAACUUUUAUGUUUGACUUUAGCAUUUCGAGUAAUAUUUUUCAUUCGAACUACUUUAUUGAAUUCUUAUUGGCAUUCUAAUAGAACAGAUCGUGUAUGUAGUUUAUAUGCUAGUUAAGCUGAUUAUAUGUUUACUAUUAAAUCUUUAAUGAGGUAAAUUUAUAUAUAUUUAUAUUUAAAUAGAAACUAACCAUUCACUGUUAAUUAUAGUGCUAUGAUAUUACUUAUAUUUGUAUUUGGAUAUUGUUUAAGAAUUUGUGAAAGUCCUCUUAAUAGAAUUGAUAUUAGUAGCAAUGAUUUUAGUAGUUAUGCUAAUUCUAUGUGGUGUGUUAUUGUUACAAGCACUACUGUAAUUUAUAAACUAAAUUUUAGUUAGGAUAUGGUGAUUAUUAUACUAGAACAUUAUUAGGUAGAAUAGUAAUGAGUGUAGUAUGUAUUUUGGGUAAUUUUGUUGUUUCAUCAAUGAUUGUUAUUAUUACUAAUGAAUCAUAUUUAACCACUUUGGAGAAUAAAGUUGUUAUUUUAAUUGAUCGUUUGAGUCUAAAAAAAUAAAUGUAAUAAGAGGCAGCUAUGAUUAUUACCAUUUUUGGACGUAUGUAUUAUGCUAAAAGGUAUUAUAUAUAUAUUAUCAUUUAAUAUAGACAUCUUGAUCUUACUGAAGUAGAAUUCAUAGAUAUGAGUAAAAAAAUGAAAAAAUAUGCUAUAUAAUUAAAACUUACAACCCGUAAAUAUGUUGCAGCCAGAGCUUUAGGAAGUUAAUUAGAAGAAAUCAAUAGUGGAUUCAAUUCUCUUAAAGAAAAUCUAAAAUAAACAUCUUAAUUGCAGGAAGAAUUAAUUAAAGCUAAUGAAAAUCUUAUUUAUAAGAUAGAUAAUAAAUGA